AUGAUGGAUAGCCAGAGGCACGUGAAUCAGCAAAUGAUAAACGUCCUGACCAGCAUUUCGAAGCUCUUUGAAAUCGUUGAGAGUAAUGAUCAAGAAAGAACCUCAGUUAGUACUUCAGUGAAAUCGACUCAAACAGACCGGCCAGUCAAAGGUGAUAAAACAGGGAAGAGGUCGGCGAACGAACCCACACCCGAGAACCGCCCACAACCGAAAGAUAAACGCAUUCGUGUCAACUCACCUCGAGCACAAGCAGAGAAAAUGGAUCGCCAAACUCGUAGCAGUGAUCAACCAGCAACUGCUGACAACGCGGCCCAGAAGCCAAAAGGCGAUAACCAGUCGCUAUGCUCCAACGCUACCACAGCCAACUUAAAUAUGGAGUGGACUAAGGUGAAACCGAAAAGACGGCAGAGAAAAAAGCCAACCCGCCCGGAUGCCAUUGUAGUCAAAUCCUCUGGAGAGUGUUCUUAUGCUGACAUUUUGAAAAUGGUAAAGAGCGAGGAAAGCCUGAAGGGUUUAAGCGAAACUGUGCGGAAGAUCAGGAAAACAGCUAGUGGCGAUCUCUUGUUUCAGCUGAAUAAGUCUGAGGACGUAAAUACUACGAAACUUCAAGAGGCAAUCGAAGGAGUACUGGCAGGUAAAGCAGAAGUCAGGACCCUAACUGAAAUGGUUCAUAUAGAGAUACAUGAUAUCGACGAAGUUACGACAAGCGAAGAGGUGUGCUUAGCUUUAAAUGGUCAGGGUGGGUCCACUAAAGUGCUAAUAUCCGAUAUCCGGUCGAUGCGAAAAGCGUACGGAGGCACACAGACCGCAACCUUACUCCUACCCGAGAGCUUUGCCAAUAAGCUAGUAGGCCAAGGUAAAAUCAGAAUUGGCUGGGUUAUCUGCCGAAUAAGACAUAAAAUACAGCCAAAGCGCUGCUACAAAUGUUUUGAGUUCGGCCACAUAUCGAAGGGCUGUCGGAGCAGCGACGAUUUUGGCAAAUCGUGCUUCAAGUGCGGUCAAACUGGGCAUACGGCCAAACUAUGCACAAAUGCUCCACGGUGCUUAUUAUGCGUAAAACGCGGCAGCAAUCCUACCAGCCACCAGGCAGGAGGCAACAAGUGUCCGGUAUAUCAACUGGCGCUAAGCAAAAUAAAG